AGAAAUACACCAGAUUCAUCAUGAUUGAAGACAACAAGGAAAACAAAGAGCAUUCCUUAGAAAGAGGAAGAGCAACUCUCAUUUUUUCCUUAAAGAAUGAAAUUGGAGGACUUAUAAAAGCACUGAAAAUCUUCCAGGAGAAGCAUGUGAACCUGUUACAUAUCGAGUCCCGAAAAUCAAAGAGAAGAAACUCAGAAUUUGAGAUUUUUGUUGACUGUGAUAUCAACAGAGAACAACUGAAUGAUAUUUUUCAAUUGUUGAAGUCUCAUACUAAUGUUCUCUCUGUGAAUCCACCUGAUAAUUUUACCAUGAAAGAAGAUGAUAUGGAAACUGUUCCUUGGUUUCCAAAGAAGGUUUCUGAUCUGGACCAUUGUGCCAACAGAGUUCUGAUGUACGGAUCUGAGCUGGAUGCAGACCAUCCUGGCUUCAAAGACAAUGUCUACCGUAAAAGACGGAAGUAUUUUGCAGACUUGGCUAUGAACUAUAAACAUGGAGACCCCAUUCCAAAGGUUGAAUUCACUGAAGAGGAAAUUAAGACCUGGGGAGCAGUGUUCCGAGAGCUGAACAAACUUUACCCAACCCAUGCCUGCAGAGAGUAUCUCAAAAACUUACCUUUGCUUUCUAAAUAUUGUGGAUAUCGGGAAGAUAAUAUCCCACAGUUGGAAGACGUUUCAAACUUUUUAAAAGAACGCACAGGUUUUUCCAUCCGUCCUGUGGCUGGUUACUUAUCACCAAGGGAUUUCUUAUCAGGUUUAGCCUUUCGAGUUUUUCACUGCACACAGUAUGUGAGACACAGUUCAGAUCCCCUCUAUACCCCAGAGCCAGAUACCUGCCAUGAACUCUUGGGUCAUGUUCCCCUUUUGGCUGAACCUAGUUUUGCACAGUUCUCUCAAGAGAUUGGCCUGGCGUCCCUUGGAGCUUCAGAGGAGGCUGUUCAAAAACUGGCAACGUGCUACUUUUUCACUGUGGAGUUUGGUCUGUGUAAACAAGAUGGGCAGCUAAGAGUCUUUGGUGCUGGCUUACUUUCUUCUAUCAGUGAACUCAAGCAUGCACUUUCUGGACAUGCCAAAGUAAAGCCCUUUGACCCCAAGAUUACCUGCAAACAGGAGUGUCUCAUCACAACUUUUCAGGAUGUCUACUUUGUGUCUGAAAGCUUUGAAGAUGCAAAAGAGAAGAUGAGAGAAUUUACCAAAACAAUUAAGCGCCCAUUUGGAGUGAAGUAUAAUCCAUACACACAUAGUAUUCAGAUCUUGAAAGACACCAAGAGCAUAACCAGAGCCAUGAACGAGCUGCGGCAUGAUCUCGAUGUUGUCAGUGACGCCCUUGCGAAGGUUGGCAGGCAGCCGAGCAUCUGACAAGGUCCUAAUCCUGAGAGCAUCUGAGUAUCAAUUCAGAGGCCUGUGGGCCAGCUCUUGCUUUUCUUGAAGAUUUGGUCAUGGAAAGAUGGCAACCAAAUAAUAUUUUCUACUCUUAUUUCUUAAUGGAUCAUUAGUCUUUGAAAAUUUAUACCUGGAUAUUCUAGCCACCACCUAUUAUUAUUAUUUUUUUGGUAACAGCUUUAGUAAAAUAUGAUUCACAUACCAUACAAUUCACUGACCACCAUUCUGACCUAAUAGAUACAUCUAGUCCCAGCCUGAUUCUAUUUUCCCCAAUUCUUCUUGAGUAAAAUGACCUUUAUGAUCACUUAAAAUAUCCUGAUAGGUAUUAUGGAGCUGGUCUAUACGGUUACCUAAGAUCCUCUUAUUUCUGAAGUAUCUUAUCACUUAAUUUACACCAAGCUCAAUCACAGUCACACCUCUAAAUUUAAUAGGAGACCAGCUGCUAGCAUGAGAAAAAGUAUAAAGGCUUUUACACAUGAAGCAUACCUAGUAAAUAACAGGCAGUUUAGUUUCAAGUGUAGUAUCUUGUAGGAGAAAUAGGAGUAGCUAAGUCUGGAAAGGUUGA